GCUACAGAAACCAUAAAACCAACCCCUCUCCCGUUCUCCCCAGUCCUCGGCCACUUCCGUCUCCGGCCACCGCACCACCAUGGCCUCCUCCGCCGCCGCCGCGGCGGCUUUCUCCCACCUCGUCGACCGCACCCGCGUCCCGGACCCCACCCUGCAGGGCCACGCCGUCGCGGCCUUCUUCCGCCACCUCCUCUCCCUGCCCGCGCCACUCCCCGCCGCGGCCCACGACGCCGCCUCUGCCCUCCUAGCCUCGCCCCACCCCUCCGUUGCCGCCCACGCCGCGGCAUCCCUCGCCCGCCUCGCCGCCUCCCGCGCCGACCUUCUCCCUCCGGGCCUCGCCCUCCCGCUCCUCCUCGCGCCCCUCGCGGCCUCCCCCUCGCCUCGGCUCGCCUCCUGCCUCGUCAAGGCCGUCACCGCGCUCGCGUCCUGCGUCCUCCGCUCCGGCUCCCGCUUCCCGCCCCAUGACCACCCCUUCGUCCAGGCGCUCGCGUCGGGAGCCGACGGCGCGCGCGCGGAGCUUACGCGGCAGGCGGCCAGGAUGGUGGCCGAGGGGCUCGACGGGGUGGUAGGCUUCCUGAGGCCGUUCUUGAUGUUUGCCGUCGUGAGGAAAGGGGACGCUCCCUUUGCGAAAGAUUUGAUCGGCACUCUGGCCGCAGCGGGCGCUGCAGCAGGGAAGCCGGGUGUCGCGAUCCCGGUGCUGAAGUUGCUCGAAGAGAGCUUGCUGCAUUUCGGCCGCGGGGAUGGUGAGGAAGUGCGGCUCUGGCUUGGUUCUGCAGAGUGCUUGGUGGAUGCUUACGUGGUGUUAUUGAGGAAGUUAGCUCAUGCUCAAAUGCCAACAUAUGAUGCUCAAGCAAGUAGUGCAAAGUUGAUGGAAACACUUCUAUCACAAUGUUCAUUUCAUCAAAAACUUCUGGGAAUCACUUCUACAGUUCUUGGGUUAUCAAAAUAUUUAUUCUCGGUGCAAAAGGACCUUGGAUUAUUCUAUCUACCUGAGAUUUCUGUUGUCCUUAGUUCUCUUUCUCACUCUCUCAGUGGGCUGGAGUUUGAACAUGAACAGCUAGCUGGCUUGAAACUUCUGGCCUUUUUGAUGGAGUGGAAAUAUGAAAACGUGCUUGAAAGAAAAGAACUAACACAACACCUCAACGAGGAGCUUCUCUGUGUUCUGCCAGUUAUCAACCUUGCUAUUUCUCCAUCUAAAUCUGUGAAAGCAGUGGCAUCUCAUGUUUUGUCAAGGUUCAGUCUGCUUGUUUUAGACUUGCCUGCUUCUCAUUCAUCAGAGCAUCAAGAUAUUUCAAUGGUUUGCCACAUAAGCAAACCUGCAUUUAUUCUUCCUAAACUUCUAAAUCAUCUAUGGUCUCAGCCAUCUUCAUCAGGCUUCAUUUUUAUGAAGUACAUAGCUAGCAAGGUUUCACCUGAUUCUGCUCGAAACUAUCUGGAAGCAAGUUAUUGGACACAUCAAAUAAAUGACUAUCUGACAGCCCUUCGCAGAGACAAGCUUACAUUGGAUGGCUUGUCUUCAAAAAAGACAUCAUCAGUAGCAAUAUCAUCGCUAGUAAGCUCUGUUGUAUCUGUUUUAGUAAUGCACCCAAAACUUGGUACUUCUGCUGCUCAGUCUUUGGCCGUUCUUGGCGCAUCAGACCCGAGAUUGGGUAUGCCGUUGUUUGUAAUUAUCCUCUUCUAUAUCAAGAUUCUAUACAGCAACAGUAAUUGUUCAACAAAGAUCUCGCUCAGUUUGCUGGAGUCAUUGCCAUCACUUGCUACACAUGGUUUUGUGCUUCCACUCGCUCUGCAAUGGAUAUCGCCAAUGCUUAAAAGGAACACAAGUCUGGUUCUAUAUGCUAUAGCUGUUCGGUUGCUCUGCAAGAUAUGGAUUGUCACUGACUGGGCAUUUCCAAACUUACAAGUAAUUCUGGAUCCUGAAAAUUUUUCCAAUUUCAUCUCAGACAGAGAAAUUUCCACAAGUAUUGCCGCAUCAAUACGUGAUGUUUGCAAGCAGAACCCAGAUAGAGGUGUUGAUCUAAUAUUAUCCGUCUCGUUUUGUAUUGAGAGUCGUGAUUCUGUGGUUCAAGCUCUUGGUCUUGAGAGCCUCUUGUAUCUCUGUGAAGCAGAUGUGGUCGAUUUCUAUACGGCCUGGAAAGUUAUAUCAAAGGAGCUGCUUGAUUAUUCUGUUGAGCCCAUUGUUGCACACAGUUUAUGUGCUCUGUUGAGAUGGGGAGCGAUGGAUGCUGAGGCGUAUUCUGGAAUAUCUAAUAACCUAAUAGGAAUAUUGUGGAGCAUUGGAACAUCUAAGAAAAAUAAUUCUGAACCUCUCUGGGUUAAAGCAAGAGGAACUGCUUUUCACUCCUUAUCCUACUACAAGGUCUCACUUAUUCAAGAUGCUAUUCCUGAUUUCUGGAAACAAAACUAUGAGUUCUUUACUAAUGAAUAUAAUCUGGCUGUUCUCAAGGCCAUGGAGAACUUUCAAGAUGAGAUCGUAAAGUUUGAGCACUUAAACCGUCGUAGAGUGACUACUGAUAAAAGAGCUGCAGUGCAUAAAUUUGAGAAGCUACUGGAUGUUUUCCCUCAGGCUGUGUUUAAAGGGAAGACAGCCCAUCAUCAAUUGCCUGGUGCAGCUCUUUUAACUCUCAAUUUUGCUCCAAAGGACUUACUUAAUGUUAAUGAAGGGAAAUCUAAGCAGGAUUUGCCUAGAGUUCAUGCUGCUUAUGAGCAAGCAUUUGCAGAGAUGGCCGAAUCUAUGUAUAUAUCAAGAAACAUAGAGGUAGCUCUUCUUGCAUUGCAUUCAUGGAAGUCAUUUGUUUCCAAUUGGAUGCAAGCAGUUGUAGCUUUGCUUGACAUUAAAGAGUCGUUGAAGUUGAGCAAAGCUUCAAAAGCCGCUAACGAUAUAUUUAAGAUUCUGUGCGAUCGUGUUCCAUUAUCCACUCCUCAAGUUGCUGUUAACAUUGCUCUUGUAAUUGGAGCACUGUGCUUGAUUGUUCCUUCAACUGCUCAUUUAGUAAUAUCUUCUGCAUCAGAUUUUCUAUUAAAAUGGUUGUUUCAAUACGAGCAUGAGCACCAGCAAUGGUCAGCCGCUCUCUCUCUUGGACUAAUAUUCAAUUGUUUUCAUCCCACGGACAAAAAGAGCAAGUUUCAGGUUAUUAAUGGGCUUCUUGAGGUUAUCACAAAAACUAAAAGCUGUCUUGUAAAAGGAGCUUGUGGACUGGCAUUAGGUUAUGCUUGUCAAGGUCUUUUAGCCAGAGCACAUAAUGUUGCCGAUUCAGAAAUAGAGGCUACUACACAACUCAAUGAGCGUGCAUCAGUUGAAGACAUUCUUCACACUUUGGUUACUUCAUUAAUUCAGCUGUGUCCAUCGUCAUGUUAUUCUCUCAAGAAACUUAGUAUUUGUGGAAUAGGCUCCAUGGGGGGGAUGGAAGAAAAUAACAAUAACUUCGAUGAUGAUCCUUGGGCUGUUGCCGGACUUGUUCUUGGUCUGGGAAAAUCUGCUGUUGCUCUGUAUAGACUUGGAGCUUAUGAAGCUGUUAAUGACGUCAAGAACAUAUUGAUAUCAUGGAUACCGGAUGUUGAUUCAAGCUCUGCAUUAUUUGAUGAAAGAAAUUCAGUAUCACUAUGUAUGGGCUCAUGUCUUGCUCUUCCAUCUGUUGUGACUUUUUGCCAGAGAGUGGAGUUGUUGGAUGACGACUUGGAUGCACUGUUCAAUCGUUACACUUCUUUAGCUUCUGAGGUCCUGAACCUUAAUAAUUCCGGAACUAUCUUUCAGAAUUUAUUGAUGGCAAUCUGUAUCGGUGCUGGAUCUUUCCUGUCUUGUAUAUUGGAUGACGGGGUACAUGCUAUGGAAUUUAUUGGUGUUAAAAAUCUUCUAGACACUCUCAGACAUAUAUAUACCCAUCCUUUUCCUCCUCUUGUUCAUUUGGGAGGCAUGUUUGGCAUAGUCAAUGCUUUUGGUGCAGGUGCAGGGGACCUUACUGGGAUGUGUUCAAAACCUAUGACUUCACAAAUCAAACAUGAGGAGUCAUCUUUGGUGAGAGGUCCUGUACUGACAAGCCCUGUUUGUGAGACUCUUUCAACAUCAAUGAUUCAGGAAAUAUUACUUCUUGCUAAGGACGCUGAGGAUAAGCACAUACAAUAUUAUGCUGCAUGGGCCAUUUCAUUUCUUAGAAGCAGGUGGUUGUCAAAGAAUCAGAUUCUUUACGAUGACAAUGGUUCUCAUAGAAGUUCUGGUGAUCUCAGUCAAUCUUCAUGUUUUUCUGAACAAAGCUUAGUUUGGAACUUAAGUCUCUGGUUGAGUGAUCUUAAGCUUGAAAAGCCUGGUGAUGCGGUGCCAGUAAAUACAAUUGGAACAGUUUUAAAAUGCCUUUCCAAAGCUUCUCGGUUGCCAACUACAGACUGGGGGGUAAUUGUACGGCGGUGCAUGAAAGUUGAGGCACAGAUCCCUCUUAAGUCAACCAACCAGCAUGAUCCUAAGUUACUAAGGGAAGCAUGCUUAUAUUUUUCUCUAGCUCAUGCUAGUCAUAUCAGUCCCCUUCUGCAGUUUUUGGAUGAUCUGACUGACAUACUCAGAUUUCGGAGAUUAGAUAUAAAUGUGCAGUCUAUUUUGCUCCAACAUUUGUCUCACCUAAUGAAGCUCUUCUCUGAUUCAAGAUUGGAGAAACUGUUCGAGGAUUUAUCUGAAUACUUGUAUUCCUCCACCUCUUCGUACUUGAAUUACUCAUCUGAACAGAGAAGCAUGAUAAGAAUGUCGUUCUGGGAGGGCAUUUACAAGUGCCUGGUGGAGAUUGUUUCUGAAGAAUCUGGUGGUUUUUCAUUCAUUAAAAAAUGCAUUGAAUGCUUGUUGCCUCUCAUGACUCUCUGCAAUGACGGUCAACCUGAAUUCAUGGAUGAAUGGUCUGCUGCUAUAAAGUGUCUUACCAAUGCCCAGAAAAGUUGGCUGAGUGAUAUGCUGCAGAUUCGCAAUACAGCCUUAAUCACUGAAGGAGAAUAUGUUGAUGUGGCAAUAAAGAUUAUCAUCAGAGCAAGAUUGUGCUCUGCUGGUUGUGGUUCGGCACCUGAGCUGGGGAACAUAAAGAUGGCGAUAUUGUGCACAAAAACUGAUGGUGUCUGGUGGGGUGUCCUUGUUGAGAUUGCUGCAGCUAUAUACUCUGCUGAAAACAGUAUCAAAAGGCAGUGGCUUCUGGAUGCACUAGAUAUUGGCUGUGUUACAGCUCAUCCCUCAACGGUGUUGCGUUUUGUUGGCUUGCUAUGUGGUAGCUGCUGCAUCUAUAUGCCGCUUCUCGUUGUUAAUUCGACAAAUGUACUGAGUGACUUGCCCGUCACCCUGCCUUCCUUUCUCUCCAGUAGCAUUUGGGAUGACUUAGGGAACUCUGUUGCAGACAGGCUAUGGUUGUUGACCACUCGCAUUUACACUUGGGCAGAACAAUUAGCUCACGGAGACGACCUCACUGGAAAUGAUCAUAUUCAUAGAAGUGAAGCUGAGAUCGCAACUUUUCUGGCCAGUAUUCUGCGCUCUACAUGCAUUGCAGUCAAAGACUACUUGACUGUUGAUAAGCAGCUAAAGCUUGCGAACCUCGAGGCACUCUGAUCGUAGGGAGGAAUGUUUUCAUUUUUAUCUUAUAUAUGCCAUUGUGUAUCUUUCUGAAAUUCAUGUUUCAACAGUUGAUGUCCUCACUGAUGAUUCAGCAGUACUUUGUUUCCUGUAUAUAAUUAAGUUUAAUUAUUUCAUCUUAGGCACUAAGAAAAGUCUAAUGUUCAUAGAUUGAAGCAUAACUUUUGAAAUAUUAUUGCAUGAAUUUGAGAGCGCUCUGACA